CAGCAUCACUGUAUAGACUGGUGGCCACUCUGCUUCUGGGACAGGACUUUCUAUUGCUUCCACACAGCCUUCAAAGAUGGAAACAGAAGGCUUGAGCCCUAUGCUAUACGAAGACGACUAUUAUUACGGAAAUGAGACUGGACUACAACCAUGCGAUGAAACAGACUGGGAUUUCUCCUAUUCUCUGCUACCUGUCUUUUACAUGAUCGUGUUUGUCCUUGGACUCUCAGGGAAUGGAGUGGUCAUCUUUACAGUAUGGAAGUCCAAGCCAAAGCGGAGAUCUGCAGACACCUACAUAGGUAAUCUAGCACUGGCUGACCUGGCCUUUGUGGUAACACUGCCUCUAUGGGCCACAUACACUGCUCUAGGCUUUCACUGGCCCUUUGGUUCUGCACUGUGCAAGCUCAGCAGCUAUCUGGUCUUGCUUAACAUGUUUGCCAGUGUUUUUUGCCUGACCUGCCUCAGUUUUGAUCGGUACCUGGCCAUUGUCCAUUCGCUUUCCAGUGCUAAACUUCGCUCCCGCUCCUCCAUCAUUGUAUCCUUGGCUGUUAUUUGGCUCUUCUCAGGGCUUUUAGCACUCCCAAGUCUGAUUCUGCGUGACACACGUGUAGAAGGCAAUAACACUAUCUGUGACCUGGACUUCAGUGGUGUUUCAAGCAAGGAGAAUGAAAAUUUCUGGAUCGGGGGGCUAAGCAUUCUUACCACAGUUCCAGGAUUCCUGCUGCCCCUGCUCCUUAUGACCAUCUUUUACUGCUUCAUCGGUGGCAAGGUGACCAUGCAUUUCCAAAACCUAAAGAAGGAAGAACAGAAGAAAAAGAGGCUUCUUAAGAUUAUUAUUACGCUGGUUGUAGUGUUUGCUAUCUGCUGGCUGCCUUUCCAUAUUCUGAAAACCAUUCACUUUCUAGACCUCAUGGGCUUCCUGGAACUUUCUUGCUCUACACAAAACAUCAUUGUCAGCCUGCACCCCUAUGCCACCUGCUUGGCAUACGUUAAUAGCUGCUUAAACCCUUUCCUCUAUGCCUUCUUUGACUUGCGAUUUCGCUCCCAAUGUUUUUUUUUUUUUGGUUUCAAAAAAGUCCUCCAAGGACACCUCAGCAACACAUCUUCCAGUUUAAGUGCACAGACUCAAAAAUCUGAAAUUCACUCUCUAGCCACAAAGGUAUAAUUGAGUAAAGGGACAUUUGAUGGGGUGUGGGGACAGAGACUUUGUUCUAAAGAAUUUUUGGGUUAAUUGAAUGUUAUCUCUUGUUACUGCAAAGGGAAGGUCAUCUGCUGAUUACAGAACAGGGACUUGCACAGUCUACUGGAUCGUAUCACUGUCUGUAAAAUGCCCCCACUUAGUGGACAUCUGGCUUUUCCUGAGUAACAGACAAACCUUAGUGAAUAAGACAAUCUUGCUCAGUCCCUCUCCAGAAAACAGGAGAGCUGGUUGGACAGGGUGGGAGAAACUGUUUACUGAAUUUUGUUAUUGAUGCAAGAGGGAACUUGGUAUGACAUGGGUUAACAUAUGCUGUAUAUUGCUGGGUUUCUUCUUUGUAUUUGCUAAGGAUUUUUGCUUUCCUGUAAAUAUUUUGCUUGUUAAAGCACUUGUAUAAUUUCACAAAGCUUACACUUUUAACACAUUGUUUAAAGGUAAUUUUGGAAUGUAAUGUAAUUGAAAUGUUAUUUAGCCAAUUCACUGCUUUGUUAUAAUUACACGGACAUUAAGGUGAACUGGUUAGAAGCAGUUAAAAUUAACAACUGUCUUGAAACCCGUAGUUGAUAAAGAAGCAAAGAAUCAUCACCGUGUAGGGUUAAAUGUAGAUUUCCUUUUAAGCCCCUAUGGGAGUUUUCCUGAACUACUACUUAAAGUAUGCCCAAACAGCCUGUGACUGGCUGAGGAUUCUGGGAAUUGUAGUUUGCAUUAUACUCUGGGGUAUGCAGGUUUGCCACCAAAACUCUAAAGGGAUAAAGAUGUGCAGAAAGGGAAAUCUAUUGGAUAUGACAAAACUCAAAACUGCAAACUAUUAACCAAAGAUAAAGGACUACUGAAUGCUGAUAUUUUGUGACUGGUGUAAGUCAUUUGCUUCUUAUCUAUAUGUACCAUGCUCUAGUAUAUGCGUAUAUAUAUAUAUAUAUAUAUAUAUAUAUAUAUAUAUAUAUAUAUAUAUAUAUAUAUAAAAUAUUCCCUUGGAAAGGGGGGAUCAUUGAUAAAACUGUGUUGUUUGAUGCAAUAAAAAUUUUGGACUAUGAAA